CCGCGAGAAAAAGGGGGAAAGAGAGAGAGAAGUUCGUGUGUUGCUUCGAGAGAAGAAAAAUCUCGUGCUUCCACCACCGAACCACCGCCCUCCAUCGCCUCUCGUUUCGACGACCACGCCGCCAACUACCUAACCAGCUCAAGUCCUCUCACCAACCAAUCAUCACUAGAAAGGAAGGAUGGCAGAGAAACGCAGCGCCGUAGGACGCUGGUCGGACCGGCUGGCCGUCGAAGCCGAGCCCGGGCUCACCACAGCCCAGUUGAUGUUGACGAACCACGACCUGAAGCCCGUGGAGGCUGAGCGUCGAACAUGGGGCGCUUGGAACUUUGUCGGCUUUUGGAUUGCUGACUCGUUCAACAUCAACACCUGGAUGAUCUCGUCGUCCAUGAUGGUGAAUGGUCUGUCAUGGUGGCAAUCGUGGCUGUGUGUUUGGAUCGGUUAUGCCAUCUCGGCCUGCUUCAUCUGCUUGACCGGCCGCAUUGGUGCUAUUUAUCACAUUGGUUUCCCCGUCGCCAGCAGAUCCUCCUUCGGCAUCUGGGGUAGCUUGUGGCCUGUCCUCAACAGAGCUGCCAUGGCUUGUAUAUGGUAUGGUGUUCAGGCUUAUAUUGGAGGUCACUGUGUCUAUCUCAUGAUCCGAUCCAUCUGGAAGGCCUGGGACCGUGAGACGAUUCCCAACACCUUCUCUCCUACAUCAGGCACCACGACAGCCGACUUUGUCUCUUUCUUCAUCUUCUGGCUCUGCUCAUUGCCCGCCAUCUGGUUCCCUGUUCACAAGAUCCGCCAUCUGUUUACCGUCAAGGCCUACUUCGUCCCCUCAGCCGCCAUUGCCUUCAUGAUCUGGGCCAUUGUCCGUGCCGGCGACAUUGGCCCCAUCAUUCGCCAGCCAUCUUCCUUGAAGGGCAGCGACCUUGCCUGGGAGUUCGUCAAGGGCAUCAUGAGCUCGAUCGCCAACUUCGCCACUCUCAUCGUCAACGACCCGGACUUUACUCGUUACGCCAGGAAGCCCAAAGACGCGCUCUGGUCCCAGCUCUUCACGAUUCCUACGGGCUUCGCCAUCACUUCGCUCAUCGGUAUUCUUGUCUCGUCCUGUUCGUUCACGAUCUACGGCGAAGCUGUUUGGGAUCCGCUCGACCUGCUGGAGAAAUUCCUGGACGAUGGCAACUCGGCCGAGCGCUUCGGCGUCUUCGUCAUCUCUUUCGCCUUCUCGCUCGCCCAGCUCGGCACCAACAUUGCCGCCAACUCGGUAUCCGCCGGCGCUGAUCUGACUGCUUUGUUGCCUCGCUGGAUCAACAUUCGCCGCGGUGGUUAUAUCUGCGCGGCCGUCGGUCUGGCUAUGAACCCCUGGACCCUCCUCACCUCCAACAACCAGUUCACCACCUACCUCUCGGCCUAUAGCGUCUUCCUCUCCUCGAUCGCCGGUGUCAUUAUUUGCGACUACUACAUUGUUCGCCGCGGUUAUCUCGAAGUCAAGGAACUCUACGAUGAACGCAAAACCGGACCCUACUAUUACACCUGGGGUAUCCACUGGCGCGCCUAUGCCGCCUACAUUGCCGGUAUCUUAAUCAACGUGGUCGGGUUUGCCGGAGCGGUUGGAAGGAAAGUUCCGAUCGGAGCCACCUACAUUUACAACGUCAACUUCUUUGCCGGUUUUCUCGUCUCCGGCGGCGUUUACUGGCUUCUCUGCCACUUCUUCCCCAUCCCGGCCGUUAGCGACAAGUGGAUGGAAGUUGGCGGCAGGUUUGAGGAUCUCAGGGCUGCGUACGACAGCGACAGCGCGACCGGAAGCGGCCAUGAAAAUUAUGUUGAUCCCAUGGCCGGAAAGCCCUACAAGCUGGGCGCGGAUGACAGCAAGAUUGUCUAGGAACGCAAGACAUAUUUUUCUGCGGAUGUUUUUGAGCGCACACUACUCAAACGUUACAUACUCACACUCACAAACAAGAGAACAGAGUAAUGUGGUUGGUCUUUUUUUGCAUAGACAAGGCUUCUUCUGAUGAACAGAUGACAGGCCAGGUUUGGCUUUGUA